GAUAACUUAACGGCUCUGCACAUCGCUAUACAGGCAGGAAAAUGGGAGGUUUUAGAAACUUUACUGGGUCACGGAGCAAACGUUAAUCUUUCUGCUGGAAAGAAUGGAGCAACACCUCUCCACCUGGCGGCUACGAUACCAAGUGGUGAGAAGAGUGCUGAACUCCUAAUUAAGAGUGGAGCAAACAUUAAUGCAAGUCAAAAAGGUAACGAAACACCGUUACACCUGGCGGUACGACAUGGAAAUCUUCGAACUGUCGAACUUUUACUUGAAGAUGGUGCCCAAAUUCAAUCCCAAACAGAGUUCGGCGAAACUGCAUUACAUAUUGGUGUGAAAAAUUGCCGUUUUCAAGUGGUCAAGUGUCUCCUGACGUACUGGGCCAGUACAUUUUCAGGUCAGCAAGGUCUCUUCUCAGUGAACCAACAAAACCAGAAAGGAGAAACAGCACUGCACUACGCUGCCGCUCUUACACCAAACCAACAUCAUUACGUCGGUGAAUCACGAGAUAUUGUUAAAAUACUUCUACAAAAUGGAGGAAAUGUUACCAUGGAAACAACUGAGUGGAAAGAAACGCCCUUACAUUACUGCAGCAGAGCUGGCAACGUAGAGAGCAUGCGCGUAAUCUUAGAGUCACUGGAACCUUCUGAUCUGCAAGCACUUUCGAACAGAAAAUCUAAGAAUGGCUGGUCACCUUUGUUGUACGCCAGCAAUGGUGGUCACUUUGAUGUUGUCAACCUUCUGAUCCAAAAUAAUGCCCGGGUGGAUGUAUUUGAUGAGCAUGGAAAGGCAGCACUCCACCUAGCGGCAGAAAAUGGUCAUCAGGAAAUCGUCGAUUUGCUUAUCCACCACAAAGCUUUUGUGAACGUUCGUUCAAAGAAGGGGUUCACUUCUCUACAUCUCGCAGCAAGAAACGGGCACAACGCCAUCGUUCGAGACUUGAUCAGAAAAUACGGAUCUAUGGUUGAUGCUUUUAGUUUGACGAAACAAACUGCUUUGCAUUUAGCAGCAGAGCGUGGAAACUUAGAUGUGUGCAACACUCUACUAGAUGCCAAUGCUAAUGCUAGUUCUAUUGACAACGAUGGACAAAGCCCUCUUUUGUUGGCUGCGCAGAAUGACCACUCUGAAGUAGUGAAGUUAUUCCUGAGACACCAGCCUCAGCUAGUAUCUGUGGCUAAUACGGUAAGUAUAAAAAUUACCUCAGUGUCAAGUAGUCGAACUAAGAAAACAAAUGAGACUGCACUUCACCUUGCGGCAGAUUCCGGACACGCUAAGGUUGUUAGGGACUUGCUGAAGGCGGGAGCCUCUCCGUCAGAAGAAAACGCUGAUGGAAAUACUGCACUUCACUUGGCAGCCAAACAAGGCCAUCUGGGAGUACUGGAAGAAUUAAAGACAGCAGUGAAUUGGAAAAUUAAAAGCAAAAAGACUGGCCUCACGGCACUUCAUGUCGCUGCUAUUCAUGGACGAAGUGACUUUGUACGAGAGAUGCUGACUCAAGUUCCUGCCGCCAUCUUAAGCGACCCUCCUUCUGAAGAAAACAGUGCUUUAGAUGACGAUGGCUAUACACCGCUUCAUUUGGCAGCGCAAUUUGGAAGAGAGAAUGUAGUCCGCAUGUUGUUGAACAGUGAUGGAGUGCGCACUGAUACUCCAACCACUACAAAGGGUACAAUCCCCUUACAUCUUGCUGCUCAAGGAGGACACAUGAGUGUAGUGGGGCUUCUGUUGAGCAGGGGGACGGAGCUUCUCCAAGCCACAGAUAGAAUUGGCCGAACUCCUCUACAUCUCGCCGCUGCAAACGGCCACAAAGAUAUGCUGGGACUGCUGCUAGGACAAAACGCCGAUAUCAACGCCGCUGAUAACAAUGGCUGGACAGCCUUACAUUACACAGCGUGUAGAGGAUUUUUGGAAGCAGUGCAGUUCUUGAUUGAGAGUGGAGCUUCUUCCCUAUCUAAAACAAAGGAUGGAAAAGUCUCCCUUUCGUUUGCAGCAGCAAACGGACACCACGAAGUUUUAAGCUUUCUACUACGUGCGCCUCAUGAUUCUUACAAUCUUAUGGAAGACAAAGCGUUCUUGAUGGAUCUGAUGACGUGUGCAAAGACCCAUAAUAAUAGGCCAAUGCUGGAGUUUGUACUUUUGUCUCCAGCACCAAUAGAGAUUGCUGUGAAGGUAGCUCGUCAAUACCAGAACCUAGCGUUAAAGGAGAAGGAAAGAUAUUGUGACUUGGAGUACAUGAGUUCCUUCUGUGACAAUAUCGCUUCAGAUCUUAUGACAGUUACUGCAGCCAGCAACCUGACCCCUACUCUUCUUCGGGCCCUGGAUGUUAACCAGACAGCUUUUAUGGAUGUCUUGAUCGAGCAAGAACGAAAGGAAGUGGUUUCUCACCCCUCGGUCCAAAAGUACCUAACUGAACUCUGGAUGGGGGGGAUAGACUGGCCUCAGUGGCGAAUUGUACUGCUUUUCCUAGUUUUUCUUCUCUUUCCGAUUGUAUGGAUACUGUGUUCCUUACCUUUUGGUCAUCGUCUUCCCAACAUCCCUAUUAUUAAGUUUCUAUCGUACCUUAUUUCACAUAUUUUCUUUGUGGUUCUUCUGAGCUUCACUAUCAUUAACCCGUGGGUCCCCCUCUGGAGAAAUACAAAUUUGAUUCCCCAGUGGCACGAAGGCCUGCUUAUCGUGUGGGUUGCUGGAAUGGUGCUUUCUCAUAUUGCCAACCCUAAGGAAAAGGGGGGAUUUGCUUGGACCAGAGUUAUAGUCAUGUUCUUUUGCAUGCUUUCCAUUCUUGUACAUUGUUCUGCUAUUUUCAUUCUUGAAAUCGACACUAAAUUAAUCCUUCUGUACAUACGAAACCAACUACUCGGUGUGUCACUUUUGCUUUGUUUCUUAGAAUUCCUGAAUUUUCUUAGUUUUCAUCAUCUUUUUGGUCCCUGGGCUGUCAUUAUUAAAGAUCUAAUGAAAGACCUUCUAAGAUUUUUGGCUAUUCUUGCUUUGUUUCUCGUUGGGUUUUCACUUCACCUUAGCGCUAUCUAUCAGCCAGUUUUUGAACCAAUUUAUCUCACAAAUGCUAGCCUACCCACUUUCGGUCAAGAGUUCCAGUCACCCAUUAAUACAUUUGAGAUGCUUUUCUUUGCACUCUUUGGGCUAGUUGAACCGGAUUACAUGCCACCAUUGUACUUAAGCCCUUCUUUCUCCAAAAUAAUUAUAAAAGUUGUGUUUGGAGUUUACAUGACGGUGACGGUUGUCGUUCUCAUCAACCUCUUGAUCGCCAUGAUGUCAAAUACCUACCAGAGAAUUCAGGCCAGGUCUGACACCGAAUGGAAAUUUGGUCGGGCCAAGCUCAUUCGCAGAAUGAUACGAACUUCAUCCUCACCCCCACCUGUAAACUUCUUCACUGGGUUUUGGUUCAUGAUCAGAAAAUGUCGUAGAUUUAAAGUUAGAAAAGCUCAGACUGUUCGACCAAAGGAGCGUACCUUAUCAGUCAACAUUCCUGCACCAGUUAGACCAGUAAUUUCAAAGGGUGCCCGACGCCGAUGGCAGAUGGCUCUCACAUCUGUUGGUGCAACUCGUUCUGGAAUUGAAGCUUCGGUUUUUGAGCUGAGAGAAAACACCAUAGCUCGUGUUGUAGACUGGCCUCCAAUCGUGGCAAAGUUCCUGCAGACAAAGGGGAUUGUUGACAUGUCACCCGUGUUUCGAAAGGAAUAA